AUGGCGGAUUUGAAAGAUGAAAGAGGAAACCCAAUCCAUCUAACAGACGAACAUGGAAACCCGGUCCAGCUCACUGAUGAGUUCGGUAACCCCAUGCACAUAACCGGUGUCGCCAGCUCUGCUCCUCAGUACAAGGAGAGUGUUACCGGUAACAUUCAAGAGUAUCCAACCUCAGCACCACCUGCAGCGGCAGGAGUCACUGCUGGUACCGGUGCAGCUGUGACCACAGGUGCAGCUGCGACCAUGGCCGCAGGAAUCACCUCGGCUACUGGUGGGCCAGCCACAACAGGGCAGGAACACCAUGGCUCGCUUGGAGAGCACCUUCGUCGGUCAGGGAGUUCAUCCAGCUCUAGCUCGGAGGACGAUGGACAAGGAGGAAGGAGAAAGAAGAGCAUGAAAGACAAAAUCAAAGAGAAGUUCAGUAGCGGUAAGCAGCACAAGGAUGAACAGACCCCCACCACCGCAACAACUACAGGACCCACAACCACCACCACCACCGACCAACCUCAUGAGAAGAAGAGCAUACUCGAGAAGAUCAAGGAUAAACUUCCCGGCCACCACAACCACCACCCCUGA